GUGUCUCUCUGUCUCUCUGUCUCUCUUUCUCUCUGUGCUGCUCAAUACAUUCUAGAGACUCAAACUCUCUCACUUUCACCAUAGAUUUUCUUUUCUGUUUUUCAUUCACUUUUGGUUCAUGUAGCUUUCGAUAUGCAUAUGCUUUCUAAUGGAAAUAUUUGUUGAGACUUAGGUAGGCCAUUUCCAGGUGUGUUCUCUCCAUAUAAAAACAUAUGAGAUGAAAGAGGGGAGCACACAGGGCAAGAGACCAGCAUCUGAGGAGGAGAUGGAACAAAGGACGUGAGGGGGACUGAUAAGAUGGGGUGAUGGGAGGCCUCCCGGGUGGCGCAGUGGUCUAGGGUGCUGCAUCGCAGUACUAGCUGUGCCACCAGAAACACUGGGUUCGAGCCCAGGCUCUGUCGCAGCCGGCUGCGACCGGGAGGGCCAUGGGGUGACGCACAAUUGGCCUAGCGUUGUCCAGGUUAGGGAGGGUUUGGCUAGUAGGGAUAUCCUUGUCUCAUCGCGCACUAGCUACUCCUGUGGUGGGCCGGGCACAGUGUGCGCUAACCAGGUCGCCAGGUGCACGGUGUUUCCUCCACCACAUUGGUGCUGGCUUACGGGUUAAGAGGCGCGCUGUGUUAAGAAGCGCAGCUUGGUUGGGUUGUGUUUUGGAGGACGCAUGGCUUUUGACUUUCGUGUCUCCCGAGCCCGUACGGGAGUUGUAGCGAUGAGAUAGUAACUACUAACAAUUGGAUACCACAGAAUUGGGGAGAAAAAGGGGGUAAAAAAAAUAUGGGGGGUAGGGGGUAUGGGGGGGUCGCACUGUGGGAAACAGCGACUUCCUCUGUCUGUCUGCCAGUGGAGCGAAGUGGAGUGGAGGGGGAGAGCAGAGAGAGAGAGAGAGAGUUGAGAGAGCAGGGAGAGCAGAGAGAGAAAGUUGAGCUGCCAGGCUUGGCUUUGGGCUGUCAAUGGGACAGAGUCCCCACCACAUACAGCAGCAGCAGAGGCAGGAGAGGCAGACCCCAGUGCUUGGCACUGGGCAGGAGCCUCCUGUUUGUCUAGGCGUUCCUCCCUACUGCCACUCUCUUCCUGCUGCUCGGAGGAGGAGGGGUGGGGGGGAGGAGGAGAGGGGCUGAGGGAGGGAGGGGAAGAGGGAUGCAAGGCACACACCUUACCUCUCUCCCUCUCUCUCCCUCUGCACACACAUCUCUACAGCACCACCACCACCACACCACCCACUCUGACCCGGCAUCACACAGCUCAGCGGCCCCUGGACUGCAGCUAGCUCCAGGAAGUUUCCCUGGUAAAGGAGGAAUACCACCAGCUGCUCUGAGGAAGCCAUGCCUCUGUGUGCACGUUGUAUAAGCAGAGCGAGGUCAAGGACUCGUGGAGAGCAACAGGCGAUUGAGUGGGAGCAACAUCAAUUUUCCACUUCACAUAUGAACGUGAGAAGGCUGCUACGAAAGGACGAAGGAGGAAGGAGCCCCAGUCUGGUUAAACAGCUCCUCCAGAAAGGAUGAGUCUGCCUGGGCCUUCCAUCCAGACCAGACAGCCCCGAUCCGACCGGCCCCAGCUCCCCACAGCCUCCCCAGGGAUAGCCUGCUGUCUGUCUGCUGCCUGUGAAAGAAAAACACCCCUCCUACCCUGAACAGGGGGCCCCAGGGGGGCAGAGGGCCGGGAGGGGAAAGGGGGACGCAGGGGGGUGUGGCUAGGGGGGAGACGCGCAGGGCUGUGUUUACUCUCCUCUGUGGCCCUGUGAAGCCAUGUGAGGAGGAAGGCCUGUCUCGACGGCGACAGACUGCGUGGUCUGUGGGAGAGAGAGAAAGGGAGAGCGAGAAAGAGAGGCAUGGGAGAGGGAGAGAGAGAAAGGGAGAGUGAGAAAAAGAGAGCGAGAGAGUUUGGCAGCUGGACACGUUCCAGCUGUGUCUGGGAGGAUAAUGAACUCCAGGUGUUCCAGCGGGUAGUUUAAGACACCUGUCACCAAUAUUUAGUGCCAGAAAAAGCCAGACUGCAAACAGGGCUAGACGAUCUGUUUGCUUAUUUUAAGAAGCCUACCUAACUGGAGUUGUGGGCCUGAUGAGGAGGAGAGGUGGGACAGGGGGAUGUGCAAGGGGGCUUUUUCUAGAGUCAGAGCGUGUGUAUGUCACUGACCUGAUGUGUGUGUGUGUGUGCGUGCGUGCGUGCGUGUGCACGUGUGUGUGUUUGCAUGAACGUGUGUAUGUUACCUUACAGUAAACGUCUGGGCAGCCGGUGCAUUCACACUAAGGUGGAGGAAACAAAGGCCUACCUGUGUGUGGAAGGGCUAGGCCUUCAGUUAGGAAACUUACCUUAGUCCCUCCAGCACUGAGCCUUGUUUGACAUGCUGCUUCCAUGUUCCAAAUCCUGUCUCCAACACCUGUGCUCACUCAACAGCCUGUCUUUGUCACCACCUGUCUGCGUCUGAAGGUUUUCAUCCAAGUACACAGUGAUUGCCAGUGCACUAAAAAGUCUGAAGACAUUUACGUUGAAGCCCACACAGAUGUGGCACGAAUAGGUUUCCUCUGAAACACGUUUAAGUGCUCUCCCUUGCAAGGACAGUAGAUCCCUGAUAUACGCAAAAGCUAAGGACGGUUAUAAAAGCCUGUUUUAUAUCACAGCAUACAGAUAUCCAAAUGUUGUAUUGGAAUUGGGACUGGUGAUCUGUGAACUGAGUUUACUUCGCACUAAUCGUACAGUGCAUUAUGCUCUAGGUAGGGGUCUGCUGUAUCAGAUAUACCAAUGUAAGUUCAUUAAAGAUGUCUUUUCAUUUCCAGUGUUCUUCCCAUCCUGUUUGUCUGUACCUAGUUCAGGUUUAUCGGUGUGAGUCUUCAGCUCCUACCUUUCUGUCCCAUUGAGGUCACUCUGUGUAUUUGAUCGUGUCAGGAUGAGGAUCUGGUCGUGGGAACAAUGUGGGGAGACCAGCCUGGUGCUACUGGGGUUUCUCACCUUGGCUUUGUCUGUAGGGAACCUCUCAACCAGGGGACAGGAGGAAGGGGGAGCCUCCAACAGUCUGGAGGACGAGCUGGAGUCCACCACAUACUGGUGGGGGGAGUGGGCCAAGUGGACCGCCUGCACACGCACCUGCGGAGGGGGGGUCAUGUCCCAGGAGAGGCACUGUCUCAAACAGAGAAAGAAAGCAGCCGCUGCUAGAGACAACAUGACCUGCACUGGCACUUCGAAGAAAUACCUCCUCUGUAACACCAAGGACUGCCCUUCCUCUGGGAGAAGCUUCAGGGAAGAGCAGUGCUGGUCGUUCAACUCACAGGUCUACAAUGGCAGGAACUACCACUGGAAACCCCUGUAUCCGGAUGACUAUGUCCAUAUCUCCAGUAACCCAUGUGACCUGCACUGCACCACGGCCGACGGCCAGAGACAGCUGAUGGUUCCUGCUCGGGACGGAACGUCCUGCAAGUACAGCAACUACAGAGGGGUCUGUGUGGACGGCAGAUGUGAGCCAAUCGGGUGUGAUGGAGUACUUUUCUCACCCAACAUGCUGGAUAAGUGUGGUGUGUGUCAGGGGGAUGGCAGCAGCUGCAGCAGGGUCAAUGGAAAUUUCCGCCGCGGGGCCACCACUUUGGGUUACUCCUUCAUCACAUCAAUCCCUGAGGGCUCCUGGGACAUUCAGAUCAUUGAGAGGAAGAAGUCAGCUGAUGUUUUGGCUGUGACCGAUCAGGCAGGGAACUUCUUCUUCAAUGGGAACUACAAGGUGGACAGCCCCCAGAACUUCCAUGCGGCGGGGACCGUCUUCAAAUACCGGCGGCCCAUGGAUGUGUAUGAGACGGGGAUCGAGUACAUCGUAGCCAAAGGGCCCAUCGACCAGGCCAUCAAUGUUCUGGUCUGGAACCAGAAUGGUCGUAUCCCUUACAUCACGUACGAGUACACCGUCCUGAGAGAGUCCCUGUCCCCUGUCCCUCAACCUCCCGUCUACACUGGCCCCGACAGCACCGCCCCAGGGGUUUCCGUGGAGAUGGGCAGUAUGGUGGCCCCCAACGGGAGCACGUAUGACAAGGUGGCCCCUGAGACCCAGAGGAACCAGGUGCUGAAACAGGGGGCCAAGGCGUCAGGGGCCGAGGGCCAGAAAGGCCAGGAGACCAACGAGGUGUAUGAGGAGACAGGAGCCAUCGACUGUCACCAGGACAGCCCAACCCCACCACAAUACACAGAUGGCAACAGUAGUCACACAGGUAGCGUAGCAGUCCCUGCCCCGGCAGCCAGCAGGCCUUUAGAGGAGGGACCAGACUCGGAGAACCUCAUCUGGAGAGUCUUGCUGGGCAAGCAGAUUGGUCCAGAUGAGCUGCUCACCAACAUCUCAACCAAUCAGCUCCUGACGGAGGGAGAGGGAGUGUUCUCGUUGGAGGUGGACUAUAGCAGUGUGGAGCAGGGAGGCCAGUUCCCCCUCAACAGCUCUCUGGGGGAGUUCAGUCUGGGCGUGCGGAGGAAUGAUACUGGAGACCUGCUGUUCCCCAACAGGACGCUGCUGACGGGGAUGAGGAGCAACAAUCGCACCAACAGAACCAGGACUAAUCAGAGGUUCCUGCAGAAGAACUUCAAGCUGAGCCCUGCAGACAUGUACCGCUGGAAACUGUCUUCUCAGGAACCCUGCUCCUCCACCUGCUCUAUAGGAGUGUCAAAGUCCUUUGCCAUGUGUGUUCGCUACGACGGCGCUGAGGUGAAUGACAUGCACUGUGACACUAUGACCCGACCUGAGCCUGUUCAUGACUUCUGCAUUGGGAGGGAGUGCCAGCCCAGGUGGGAGGCGAGCAGCUGGAGUGAGUGUUCUCGUACCUGUGGUGAGGGCUUCCAGUUCCGUCUGGUGCGCUGCUGGAAGAUGCUGUCCCCCGGGCUGGACAGCUCUGUGUACAGUGACCUCUGCACCCUGGCAGAGCUGGAGAGGCCCCUGGAGCGCCGCGCCUGUAAGAGCCCAACCUGUGGCCCCCAAUGGGAGGUGGCCGAGUGGACUGAGUGUCCAGCGAAGUGUGGCCGCAGGGCCCAGGUGACCCGGGAGGUCAGGUGUUCAGAUGAAACCAAGUCAUGUGAUCCCCUGACCCGCCCCCUUAACACCAAGAACUGCACAGGCCCGCCCUGCGAGCGCCAGUGGACUGUGUCAGAGUGGGGGCCGUGCUCUGGGUCGUGUGGCCAAGGGAAGAUGGUACGUCACGUGUACUGUAAGACACCAGAGGGCCGUGUGGUGCCUGAAUCCCAGUGCUCUCCGGAGAAUAAGCCCCUGGCAAUCCACCCCUGUGGGGAGAAGGACUGUGCUCCACACUGGCUCACUCAGGAUUGGGAGAGUUGUAACACGACAUGUGGCCGCGGUGUGAAGUGGAGAAUUGUGCAGUGCGCCGGCAUCACUGCUGGGAAGUUCCAGGCCCACGACGACGAGGCUUGUGGUGCCAGUAAGAGGCCCGAGGAGGAGAACACCUGCUUCGAGAGGCCCUGUUUCAAGUGGUACACCACGCCCUGGUCUGAGUGCACUAAGACAUGUGGUGUGGGUGUCCGGAUGAGAGACGUGAAGUGCUACCAGGGCAGGGAGAUCGUGAGAGGUUGUGACCCCCUGACCAAGCCUGUGGCCAAGCAGACCUGUGCCCUGCAACCUUGUCCCACUGAACCCCCAGAUGAGAGCUGUCAGGACCGUCCCACCACCAACUGCUCUCUGGCUCUGAAGGUGAACCUGUGCAGUCACUGGUACUACAGUAAGGCCUGCUGCCACUCCUGCAGGGCCCAGCACGCCUCUUAGUAUUGCCUGACACCUACAAAACCUUACCCUGCAGCUCUCCAACCACCACUCCCCACCCCCUACCUCCAGCAGACCCCCACAAACCCCUUAACUCCAACCACUGCAAACCCAUACCCACUUACUUCCAGCCAAAGAGCCCUCUACCCCAGACUACUCGUCGACAAAUUACCCCCCAGUAGGUUCCUCUACUACCCCCAGUAUGUUACUAUAUUACCCCCCAGUAGGUUACUCUACUACCCCCCAGUAGGUUACUCUACUACCCCCCAGUAGGUUACUCUACUACCCCCCCAGUAGGUUACUCUACUACCCCCCCAGUAGGUUACUCUACUACCCCCCAGUAGGUUACUCUACUACCCCCCCCCAGUACGUUACUCUAUUACCCCCCCAGUAGGUUACUCUACUACCCCCAGUACGUUACUCUAUUACCCCCCCCCAGUAGGUUACUCUACUACCCCCCAGUAUGUUACUCUAUUACCCCCCCCCCCCCCAGUAGGUUACUCUACUACCCCCCCAGUAGGUUACUCUACUACCACCCAGUAGGUUACUAUAGUACUACCCAGUAGGUUACUCUAUUACCCCCCUCCCCCCAGUAGGUUACUCUAUUACCCCCCCAGUAGGUUACUUUAUUAACCCCCCAGUAGGUUACUCUACUACCCCCAGUAUGUUAUUCUAUUACCCUCAGUAUGUUACUCUACUGCCCUCCCGUAGGUUAUUCUAUUACCCCCCAGUAGGUUAGUCUAUUACCCUCCCGUAGGUUAUUCUAUUACCCCCCAGUAGGUUAUUCUACUACCCCCCCAGUAUGUUAUUCUAUUAACCCCCAGUAGGGUACUCUAUUACCCCCCCAGUAGGUUACUCUAUUACCCCCCCAGUAGGUUACUCUACUACCCCCAGUAGGUUACUCUACUACCCCCAGUAGGUUACUCUACUACCCCCAGUAGGUUACUCUACUACCCCCAGUAGGUUACUCUACUACCCCCCAGUAUGUUACUCUAUUACCCCCCCCCCCCCAGUAGGUUACUCUACUACCCCCCCCCCCCCCAGUAGGUUACUCUAUUACCCCCAGUAGGUUACUCUACUACCACCCAGUAGGUUACUAUAGUACUAUAGUACCACCCAGUAGGUUACUCUAUUACCCCCCUCCCCCCAGUAGGUUACUCUAUUACCCCCCCCAGUAGGUUACUUUAUUAACCCCCCAGUAGGUUACUCUACUACCCCCAGUAUGUUAUUCUAUUACCCUCAGUAUGUUACUCUACUACCCUCCCGUGGGUUAUUCUAUUACCCCCCAGUAGGUUAGUCUAUUACCCUCCCGUAGGUUAUUCUAUUACCCCCCAGUAGGUUAUUCUACUACCCCCCAGUAGGUUAUUCUACUACCCCCCAGUAGGUUAUUCUACUACCCCUCCAGUAGGUUACUAUUACCCCCCAGUAUGUUAUUCUAUUAACCCCCAGUAGGGUACUCUACUACCCCCCAGUAUGUUACUAUAUUACCCCCCAGUAGGUUUGUCUACUACCCCCCCCCAGUUGGUUACUCUACUACCCCCGAGUAGGUUACUCUACUACCCCCCAGUACGUUACUAUAUUACCCCCCAGUAGGUUACUCUACUACCCCCCCAGUAGGUUACUCCACUACCCCCCAGUAGGUUACUCCACUACCCCCCAGUAGGUUACUCCACUACCCCCCAGUAGGCUACUCCACUACCCCCCAGUAGGUUACUCUACUACCCCCCCACAAGAGGUUACAAUACUACUACCGCCCCAGUAGGUUACUCUACUACCCCCCCCCCCAGUAGCUUACUCUACUACCCCCCAGUAGGCUACAGUAUAGCUAAAGGGCCUGGUCCAAAUGAGAAGGAACAGUAGAAUAUGAUAAAGGCUUCAGUCUGAACCACAACCACAUACCUUUCUUUCAGAGAGGUUGUCAAUUGGGCACAUACAAAGAAUGACACCCUGAAGUACUAAGAGUUAAGGGGGAUAGAUGAGAGAGCGAAGAGUGAACUGGUGCGUCUAUUUGUGUCUUUUGAAGAGAGAAUCAUACACCAGAAAUCUCUUAAACCAUCGUUGUCAUUGCUCCAAAUAUGAACAACCUAUUUAGAGAAGGGUCCACACUAAUGUGGAAAGAUAUUAAAUUAUUUCCUGGUUGACUAUACUGCAUGUCUAGUCUGAAUUUAAGAUAAAUAUUGACUAUGAAUAUUAUUUAACUAUCUUUUAAAUUAGUGUGUGGCACAGGAAAGGUGUCCAUACUGAGUGUUAUCCUUAACUAUGAUAUGAGAAAUAGUACAAUACAAUGUAACUGCCCCAUUUCAGUUUUUAUUAUUGGGCCCAUACUGCUAUUUUUUGCAGAACAUACAAUUUAUUUAUUGCUCAUCACACAUGAUUUUAUCAAUCAUGGCAUAUAAUUCAUGAAGUUACUAAAUGCCAGGUAGUUAAGUGUGAAUGAGAGAGUGAAUUUAGAGGUUAAGACUAAAGACACAUGGUAUGGCCAUACAGUUAUCCCAUUCAUGGACUGAAAUAUUCUUGACACUUGAAAAGGUUGAAUUACAUUGAAGAGUUUGUGUCUCAUUUUUUACAAUAUAUAUAUCCAGUGUACUGUUUUUGUGUAACUGAUACCUCUUUGUACAAAGAAGUAAUCAUUGAGCUUUUGUACUGUCGUUAACUGAAGUCCUCAAUGUAUUUACCUGUAUUUCGAUUAAAAACUGUAAAUUAU